GUGGCGGCGGUCGCGAUGGGGGAGGGGAGGGUGGAGCUGGCAGAGGCGGCGAGGGAGGGGGUGAAGGCGAGCAGCGAUUGGGUGAUGGAGAGCAUGGGGAAGGGCACCGACAGCUACGGGGUUACCACGGGGUUCGGGGCGACGUCCCACCGCAGAACUAAGCAGGGAGGUGCCCUCCAGAAGGAGCUCAUCAGAUUCCUCAACGCUGGAAUCUUCAGCUCCGGCAACAACCCGACAAUCGAAGCCAUCACCUCCUUCCUAAACACCAACAUCACCCCCUGCCUCCCUCUCCGAGGAACCAUCUCAUCCUCCGGCGACCUUGUUCCUCUCUCCUACAUCGCCGGAAUGCUCACUGGACGUCCGAACUCCAAAGCCAUCAGCCCUGACGGCACCCACAUCGACGCUGCCGAGGCAUUCAAGCUCGCCGGAAUCCCCAGCGGAUUCUUUGAGCUGCAGCCUAAAGAAGGCCUUGCGCUGGUCAAUGGAACCGCUGUUGGCUCUGGCCUCGCCUCCACCGUCCUCUUCGAGGCCAACAUCCUCGCCGUUUUGUCGGAGAUCAUCUCUGCCGUGUUUUGCGAGGUGAUGCAGGGGAAGCCGGAGUUCACCGACCACCUCACCCACAAGCUUAAGCAUCAUCCGGGUCAGAUCGAAGCAGCGGCGAUCAUGGAGCACAUCUUGGACGGAAGCUCGUACAUGCAAAUGGCUAAGAAGGUCCACGAGCUCGACCCCCUUCAGAAACCGAAGCAGGAUCGGUAUGCCUUGAGGACAUCACCGCAAUGGCUCGGCCCUCAGAUUGAGGUCAUCCGCUCGUCCACCAAAUCCAUCGAGCGUGAGAUCAACUCAGUCAAUGACAACCCACUGAUCGAUGUCUCGAGGAACAAGGCCCUCCACGGUGGCAACUUCCAGGGGACGCCUAUCGGUGUUUCCAUGGACAAUACUAGACUUGCCAUCGCAGCCAUUGGGAAGCUCAUGUUUGCUCAGUUAUCCGAGCUCGUCAAUGAUUUCUACAACAAUGGCCUUCCGUCCAAUCUCUCCGGAGGCAGAAACCCUAGCUUGGACUAUGGAUUCAAAGGAGCAGAGAUAGCCAUGGCUUCCUACUGCUCUGAGCUCCAGUACCUUGCCAACCCGGUAACCAACCAUGUCCAAAGUGCAGAGCAACACAAUCAGGACGUCAACUCUUUGGGACUAAUUUCCUCCAGAAAGACAGCUGAAGCUGUAGAGAUCCUGAAGCUCAUGACGUCCACUUUCCUGGUCGCCCUCUGCCAGGCCAUCGAUCUGAGGCACUUGGAGGAGAAUCUAAAACAGGCAGUCAAGAACACUGUCAGCCAAGUAUCAAAGAGAGUUCUAACGACAGGAGUCAACGGUGAGCUCCACCCAUCGAGGUUCUGCGAGUUGGAACUGAUCAAGAUGAUCGAUAGAGAGUAUGUGUUCGCCUACAUCGAUGAACCUUGCAGCUACAACUACCCAUUGAUGCAGAAACUGAGACAAGUACUCGUAGAGCAUGCACUGAACAAUGGAGAGAAGGAAAAGGAUGUGAAGACUUCCAUCUUCCAAAAGAUUGCUGCCUUUGAAGAGGAGCUCAAGGCAGUUCUGCCGAAAGAAGUGGAGGCUGCUCGGGUAGCAGUGGAGGCUGGUAAUGCACAAAUCGGCAACAGAAUAAAGGAGUGCAGGUCAUACCCCUUGUAUAAGUUUGUAAGGGAGGAGCUCGGGACAGGGCUUCUUACAGGAGAGAAGGUCAGGUCGCCAGGAGAGGAAUUCGACAAGGUAUUUGUUGCUAUUUCUGAGGGGAAGGUCAUCGAUCCGAUGCUCGAAUGCCUCAGAGAUUGGAAUGGCGCACCCCUUCCCAUAUGUUAAAAUUACGGGUUUACAGUAUAGUGUUUCUAUACGACCUUCUUUUCUGUUUACAUCUUCUGUGAGAAACCUGGAAGGGGGGUAAGAAGCAAAAAUGUAUGUCAAAGAUAUUGCUGCUA